AUGCCUUCACCGUUUCCCAGAAUGAAACGAGGAAAUGCAAGGAGAGCGGGAAUCGGCCGACAGAAGAAUUUCAAACCAGCCUUGAAAGCAGUAAACAGUUUAAUAGUUGAUAUUGAAAAUUCAGAGAGUCCCGAAGACGAAGAGACCAUGAGUGAAACAUACGAUCAAAAAUUAUCGUCUUCUGCGUCGAAUGUUACGGGCUCUAACAUUAGAAACAGAAGUGCGGCGAAUAGAGUUCCGUCUCCAGACCCGUUUCUCAAGCAACAUAGACUCCUGGAAGAAUUUGAUGGCGAUUCAGAAAGUGAAGACAGUGAAGGCGAUUUUGAAAAACGAUCUGAGGCUCGCGUGUUGACUGAAGUGGAACGGCUAGAAGAGGCGCAAACAGCUUUGGAAGACAAAGUAAAAGAAACAAAAGUAUUGCUGCAAAGAAAAGACCGUACAAGAAAUCAAAGAAUUCAAGCGCAACAAAAAUUAGCAAGGCUCGAAGCCAAGCUUGAAAUGCUGGAUCAGCGCUUGGAGGCAGAGAGAUCUGGCAAAACUCGAUGGACGUUUGUCAAACGAGUUGUGCGAAAGGCCAAAGUUGGAUUUCAUAGUAGCGAGCUGCUGAAACGAAAGAUGCCAUUGCAGGGCUUGCUGGCAGCUUCGUUGGACACCCAAGCUGGCCUAGCUGGGGAAGUUGAAAUUCAAGAUAUGGAGAGCAAAAGUGAAGAAGACGUUCAACUCGAGGAAAACUCAUCUACCAAACCCCAAAAAACGUUCAAGACCAAGGCACUUCAGGAAUUUCAUUUGAGUCUUCAGGAAAAGCCUCAGGAUAAACAAAAAGAGGUCAAAUCCUGUGAAGAUGCUGUAAAUGCAUCAACGAGCGAUGGGUGUCGCAAAAGUGACAGCGAUGCAAUCCUAGAUGAAAUUAAAGACCGCAGAGAGGUGGAUAAAGGAUGGCUUCGAAUCAGCGACAGGUCCAAGGAUUUCGUUAAAAAGAUAGAUAUUUCAGAGACGCACCAAACCAAAGAAGCCUGGGUAAAUAUAAGCCAACAGGGACAGCAAAUGUUUGCUAGGAAAGUAUUCAGGGCCCACAUGAAUGGAAAUGAUCCGCGUCUGUCGAACACUUUGAAUAGAAAGGCCAAAAGGACCGUUUCAGGUGUCCUUGGAGAAAGGUUGACCAUUGGCGACAGAAGAGCUUCCAAAAGUUCAUCAGAAAAGAGUUUUGACAGCAAUAAAGAGAAAACCAAACAGAGAGCGCUGUUUGAAAGGGUCUCUUCCGCCUCUUCGCGACGACCUAGAGUUGUCAGAAUGGAACAUAUCCGCGGAACAACCAGUUUUCUUCCACCAAUUCCGAAUUCCGAAGCAAAGAAACGCCCAAAACAAGAGCAAAUUGACAGGGCGACGGACGAAAAUGACGUUGAGCUGAAAAAGGAGAGAAUGAUUUUAAUACCUAAUCGAAGACGAGUGGCCAAAAGACGAGCUGAGUUGUAUUUAAAACAACUCGAGUUUGUAAGAGCUCAUGGACUUGACAAAAAAGAAGUUUUGAAACAUGUCGGAGAAGCGAUGAAAGAGCACCGUGACAGUGAGGACGUGACUGGAGAGCACCAACCCUCAACCACUCCUCGAAGCACUUUGUACUUGAUAGGGGCAUUAUCAAGAACUCAUCUCCGGCCCCCAACUGCGCAUGCCCCGCAAAUAAACGAAAGCUGA